AUGAGGCGUUUCCUGAGCAGAAAGGGCCGCUUCUCCCUGCGCCAGAGCAAGUCUGGGACCCGGAGUGCCUCCAAAGAUUUCUGUAAGUAUUCCUCCAAAUCCUAAUUUUUCAUCUGCUGGAGGUUAGAUAAAGAGGACGGAUAAAGCUAAGGUUUUGUAACUGGGUCGCAGGCUGAUGAGAAGAGGACAAAGAAGGCUCGGCAAUCAUCUGAGCUGGUUGCGUUCUGGUGGGGACGAAAAACUGUGAUCCACAGCCCUGUGUCUGUGAUUUCCCAAUCUAUUUUAGAUCAACAAUCAGCUCCAGUUUGAUGUUCCCUCUCUGCAAGCAGACAACUUCUGUCGCUCUUUGUAUCUUUGAGGAAUGUUUUAUUCACUCCGCUCCAUCUCACUCUCAAAACUUCACCCUGUGCUCCAGUGAAAUCUGAUUUUUCCUUCUUUGUUAAGUCUUACUCAGUGAUUAUUUUCCUGCUCCUUUGCAUUUCUUUGUGACUUUUCCUUCCUCCUGUUUCCAAUUAAAUCUCUGUCUCCUCUGUCUACAUCUUUCUACGCGUGUGAUCAAGCACGAAAACAGGAACAGAGCAGUGUUGUUCUGCAGAUUUGAUGCUUUUGUACCUGCAGCUUUAUGAUGUAUAUUACAUAAAUGGGCUCUGCUGUGUUUCCUAAUGUGAAAAUUUUCCUUCUAAUUUGCAUUAUGGAGUCUUUUUGUUCCAUUAGACAGAGGAGUGGUGGUGGUGCCACUUUGACAUGGGGUGAUAACAUCUCUGUUAUCCAGGUAUUUUAUGUUUUUGACGUCACGAUAAAAGUUGAUCCUAUGAAGGUAUUUCUAUAAACACUUUUGGAAUACAAAGGUAGGUCAAAAAGAUCCAAAACAGUGAAGGUUGAUUGGUCUUUUAUUAGUUAAUGGUCCAGUAAACCAUUUUCGGAGAAAUCUUCCAAAGAAUGCAGCCUGAAAAAUCUCUAUAAUGCCCCAUAUAAAUCUCUGGCUGUAAAUGAGAGCAUAUGAAACGAGUCUGUCGGGACUUUUCAUGCUGCGGGAGAAUGAGGCCAGUGACCAGGGGAAGGCCAGCAGUUCAACAUGUGGGCUAGAUACUGACAGUCAGAAAUAACCUUCUUCACUUUUCCCCCUUCAAUUCAACCGGCAGAUAAAAAAUCUACCGUAUCUAAAAUGAUGUGUGGCCGACUUCACUCUGUGAUUUCAUUUACGCAGACCUGUGUACCUGCUGGUUGCAGCACCACGGCUGAGGUGCCCUACUUAAACCAGCGGACCAUUUGACCUCCAUUUUCCAGCUCACAACCUGCGGGUCUGUUUGAGCAGCAUGCACCAGAUUAAAAAUGUUGCUCCAUGCUCGCGUAACAUAAAUAUCCUCCCUCCCAGGUAUAAACCCAUGUAAGUCUGAAACACCUUCAAAGAGACCCUGUAAUGCUCUUUUCUACCUCACUGACAGAUACAAAGUUGAAAUAUGAAAAGGCUAUAUUAAGCAUGGGCAAAGUUUAAAAUGUAAAUGGGAAAGAUUUGAUAUUUCCUCAAUUUAAUAGCAAAUCUCCUCAGAAGAGCAUAAAAAAAAUGAUAAAAUUACCAAAAAGUAACUUUCAAAGCCUUAAAAUAGAGGAAUAUAUCUUUGUAGCAAGGCAACAGUGGAGGAGGUUUCUUGAAGCAGGGGCCUUUAAGAGACAGGUGAAGGUUUUUGAAGACACCAGCUGGAGAUAUGUAUAUGAUAUAAAUGUUUAACUCGACAUCCAUCCUCCAGACCUCGGUCUACCAGCUACCAACCAGAACUGGCCAGAGGCUUUUGGCUUCAGACUAGGUGGCACAGGGCCCAGCUACAUCCUGUCAGUGGUGGAGGGCAGUAGCGCCUACCUCGCUGGCCUGCAGCCCGGAGACCAGGUGGUGGACAUCGAGGGCCAAGAUGUGACCAACCUCAGCACUCCAGCGCUGAUCGCUCUGGCUCAGACCCUCAAGACGGUGCCUCCAAGCAUCGGCGUGGUGUCGAGGAUCGAACAGGUCAGCUGAUGCAGGGAAGUCAACAUUUGCAAGGUCUGAACAGAUAUAGCCAUUAAAAAUGGUACUUAAAGAAGAAAAAGGGAAGAAAAUCAAAAAGUUCACAAAAGUAAUGAAAUGAAAAAGUCAGUCAUACCUAAAAAAAAAAACAGUCUGAAGAAAAUUUCAAUCUUUGUUUUAAAACUAAUAAUCAGCCUUUUAGUGGUGGAAACAGCACUGAUGUAGCAACCACUUAUUUUAUCCUUAGAUCGACAUCACUCCCGGCCCGGAUGGCCGUUUUGGCUUCACCAUCAUUGGAGACAGUCCUCUUAUGGUCGAAGACUGCGCCCCCAACGGUCCAGCAGGCCGCAGCGGCUUAAAAGUGCGGGACUACGUCAUGGAGGUCAACGGCAUCCCCGUGAAACACCAUGAAACAGCAGCAGCCAUGAUCAAAGCGGCUCAGGGACGACCUCUGCGUCUGGGCGUGCUCAGCAUGGCCCGGCGACCCAAGCGACUGAGCAGCAGCAUGAGGGUGUUGUCACAGAGCGGCGACAGCGUGAGGGAGAGUCGUGCUCACAAAGCCAUGGAGUUUAACAAGAAAGUGGGUGCAACUCCGAUUUCUGCCUCUCAAAGCAACUUUAUGUGCUUACUCUUUGUGUCAGCCGUUUUUAUGUUAAUUAAACUCAGCACCGUCUUUUUUUCCCCAUCAGGUGGAGGAAGUGCUCGGAGAGGAGCCAGAUGUGAAGGAACAGCUGUUUGAGGUGCUCAAGCAGUACGCUGCUGAGAGGGAUGUGGAGAGUCUGGCGGAGGCCCUGCCUGACAUCCUGAUCACAGAGGAGCAUCAACAGCUGAUUGACAGCGUCAGGUACCCUAUCAAUAUGUAAUGGAUGACUGUGUGUAAUUGUGACUCUUGUACUUUGUGGUAGUUUUUAGUAAACCUUAUGGAGUGAUUAGAGUGAUCAGAUUCAAGGGGAUUUCUAGGAAACUGUUAACUCCUUUCAGAUGAAUCAUAUUUGACUGUGCAACGAAGUUCUGCUGCAGUGGUGGCUUUAGAUUUGAUAUCAGCUGUCACUGAUGCAGCCUGGACGGCCCAUUAAUUUCCUGCCUGCAGCAUCUCCAGUUGAAAAUCUCAAAAAGUGACUGUGUGCCUGUGAAUCUAAAGAUGCAGCUUAGUCCCCUGGGGAGGAAAGGCGACUUAUUAUAUCUUCUUUUUGGGAUGAAACUAUCUAAGGGACAGAUUAAAAAAAAAGCUUCUGGGGUGAGUUAAAAUUGGUAAAAAUUUGUGUAAAUUAGUGGGUUAAAGCAACACUUUUAAGAAAGUACAACAUAAAAUAAUUGUCACAUUAAGAUAAAUGGGAAGAGCCUCAGUGUUGUGGGAAUAAAGUAGCACCAAUAUAAAACUGUAAGAGAAGAAAUUCAUAAAGUUAGUUUAGUGUACGGCGAUAAAAGUCAUUAUAAUAAGAAAAAUAAAGCUGCAGUAUUAUGAGAAUGAAGCUACAUUAUAAGCUGAAUUAAGUCACAGUAUAACGAAAAUAAAAAAAUGUGAUUGUUCACUAUGAGAUAAAACUUUAUAUUACCAGAAAAAAAGCUAUAGAUUUAUAAGAAUGAAGUCAUUUAUAUGUUUUAUGAUAAUAACGUGGUAAAAGAGUGACGUGGUAUAUGAAAUUUGAGUCAUUAUAUUAUGAAUAUAAAGUUAAAAAGAAAAUGAGGUAAUAGUACAACGUGACCAAAGUCUAAAUAUUAUGAAAAAGAAGUUAAAUUCUUACGUGAAAAAAAGUUAAAGCAAUAAAAAAAUCUGUAGUAUUAUAAGGAUGAAGUUGAUAGUCAGCAGUUUAAGAUUUCUAUGUUAUGAGACUAAAGUUGAUAUUUUAUGAGAAUACAGCUGUAAGAAAAUGAUGUGGUAUGAUGAGGGUUAAGUCCUCAUAUCACAGACAUAAAGUUGUCAAGAAAAUAAAGUGAUAAUACUACAUGAUUACAGUCAUAACAGAGAGGUUAACUUGAAUUACGACUUUAUCCUGUUCACGUUUGAUUUUAUUCUCCUAACAUUAAGACUUUAUUUUUGUGACAUUCUUAACUUAUUUUCAGUCUCAAAAUCUCUUUUUUUCUGUAAGAUGGCCUUAAUAAUUUGUCGCAAGCAAGACCUUUCCACUAAUCAAACUCAAACAAAAUCCUCAGACUACAUUAAUCUUAAUACAAUCUGUAUGUGUAGUUUGGUCUAAUAAGCUGACUGGGGGAAAAUAUUGGUAGGACUGAUUAAGACUAACUGCAGUUCUCAUGCAUGACUGUGUUAUUCAAAAAGGGCACCAGACAGAGUUAUUAGCAGGUCUGCUGUAAUUCAGCUCCGCACAACAAUGCAGCCACAGAGAGGGAACACAAAGUCCAGCACUAAGUCAAACAGUAUAAUCUUCUCCUCUCAGCAUUUUACUAUCAAAGCUCAGAGUGUAAUUCAAGCUUAUGACAAACCUUGACCUGAUGCCAAGCACCGACUGCUGCCCGAGUGUGUUAGAAAGUCACUGUGUUCCGUUUUCCCCCCUAUCAGGAACACCACGCAGAGGUAUUAUUGGAAAUCCUCCGCUGUAUAUUACAUUUCUCUCUCCUCAGCAAGGAGAAGAAAACUAAAACCUGAAGCCCAAUCUCUGCACACGCUGGCAAUACAAUUUGUCAGCGCUCCUCCUUUUAUCUUUCCCUUUGACUUUCUCUCAGUCGGUCUCUCUCUUUCCUCUGUCUUCCUGUCAGCUGUGAUGCACUCUUUGAUACACCAACUAAAUUUUCACUGGGUGCUGUUUAUUCCCUCCUCUGCAUACAGCUCUUAGCUGCUACAGCCCAGUUUGCUGCUGGUGGUUGAGAUAUGCACACACACGAAAACAAAACAUGCAGAUGCUCCCCCCCUUGCUUUGAAGUUCAAUGCUGGAACUAAUAAUGAACUGCUGCCUCAGGUGAGUACUGAAACACCGUUUGUGCAUUAUGGAUUUGUCACAGCUUUAACUGUAACUGCCUGUGAAGUUUGGUGUCAAAGUGUCUCUAAUGUCUCUUACAUGGCAGUUUUAGACGGUGCAGUGAAGCGUUGAUAAUUGCAGCCUUGUAACAAUCGAUUAGCGACUUUCCAGCGGCUCAUUUUUUUGGGAGUAGUCCUUCCAGCCAGGAAACGAAGCUGUCCUCCAGCCAGUGAAUUUUACUUUAAGACAAAGCCGUCGGUAUCACAGGUUUCACAGCAAGCUUCCCUCCUUAAAAAGCUGCCUGCAAGAUGCUUUGUAAUGUUUGUUUUGCACAGAGUCACAUUAAUUAUGCAUUAGUUUUAUCGUUAGAGGACUGAGGACUGCUGUUUUCCUCACCUUUAGGCAGUAGAGAUAGUUCAGUAACUCCCAAUUAGAGCCUCUUUUUAGAUAAAUCAACUUCAGAUUGCAGUCAUCCGUUAUAAUUGGAAACUAUGACCUUUGUGGGCUUCAGUACGCAAAGAGUUUUCUCUUCUCCCCAUGGCUCUGCCUUUGUGUCAUUAUGUUGUUGUAAUUAAAAGCCAUAUUUGUGCUAUUAUAUUGUACUCUGCAGAUUUUACAGGGAGUUGUUGGGAGUGCCUCUGAGGCGUAGGAGAGCUCUGUAUGUAUAAAUCGGGAUGCGUUGACGGUCUUGUUUCGGUUUUAGGAGCCUCGGGCAGUUCUGCCUCCAGGUUGCCUACUAGCCUCGCCUCAGGGUGGUGUUUGUGUGGUAGGGCAUCUGGGCAAAAAAGGAACAUGGAGUUUCUCUUGUGGAAGUGGGCCUCUGUUGGCACUUUGGUAGGUGUGUUUCAAAGCUGUUUUUUUCCUGUCUAGAUCUUUGUCUUGAUCUAGAGUAGACUGAGUCAUCUCUUCAGGUAAACAGGAUAUGAAAGCUUUAUCCGCAUUUCUCUGCUAAAAUAGCCCCCUUUAAUGAGCUGUAUCUCAUUUUCUUCCCUCUGGAUAAGAUUGAAGUUUUCUCCACUGAAAGCACAGCAUAAAUAACACAUUAUUUCAUGUUUUCCCCUAAACCUGCUCUCUGAGGGGCACUUUUUUCCCCCAUUUAUCAUUCUGACUACGACAUCUAGACUUUACUCAUUUAGUUUUCUCCACUAGACACCUUUCCCCCACUGUUUUUUUGGGAGGUUAUAAAAUGCUUCAUCACAUUUUCUCCACUAAACUUUGACUCUAGGGGGCAGAAUCAAGGUGCUUUACAUUGUUUCCUGACUGAAAGUGCACCAUUGAUUGCACACUGCCUCAUUUUCUCCACCAGAUUUGCACACUCAUGGCUGUAAUGUUAUUGUUUUCUCCACUGAACGUGCACGUAAGAUCCCGAUUUGAUCCCAUUUCUCUAAUAAACAAAGAGACACUCUUAUUGCAUUAUUUUCUGGCAGUCUUGUCAGGGGGUUGCUAUGCAUUUUCUCCACUUAGAGGACACCCUGUAGCCCACCGUUAAUUGCAUUUUCUCCGAAAAAUGUGCACCAUAGAAGGCGUUUUCUUCCCUUUUUUUCUGACACCUCCAUUUAAUGCAUAAUUGACGAUCGUUUUCUCUCAAGUUAUCCCCUUUUCCCUAAUAAAUGCAUUACUUCAGGAGGCAGUUUAUUCCAAGUUCUUCCUCUGGGGCCCUUUUUUAUAAUGCUUUCUCCACUGGAAGUGCACCAUAGAUGCUCUUAUUCAUAUUUCGUUAAUAAACGUGCACAUUAAAGGGGGAAUUAUCAUAUUUUUUUAGGAGAGUCAUAUCCUGUUUCCUUCUUCCUGUACUUCCAGGAGGUGUUGCUGUGUUGUUGGAAUAAUGGGGAUACACUGGAGCAGAUGGGGAUGUUCACUGACAGUAUGAGAGGCUGUAUGUCAUGGUGUCGUCUUCUGAGGUGUGGAGAAUUAAUGUGUCUGCCACCGAAGCUGAACCAAUCUCUUUUCCUCACUCGUUGUCCCCUCCCUCUGCUUCUGUCUCAAUCACUGUCAGUCACACUAACACACACACACACACACCAGCUCACCUCUGCUCUAUACUGGGGGGUCAUGUGUCAGAGGAUGUGCGAUUUGCUCAACAGCUUGUGAAUGUAUUUCUCCUGCGUGUGAAAACUUGACCAGCUGGGCCACACUCGGCUCAGUCUGCCGCUGUCCCCUCUCUCCGGUUUGCCUCGCUCUCCCACAGGACGUGUUCUAUUUUUACGCAGCCUAUUUCUUUUAAUAAAUUCUCUUUUAGGUUUCUGAAGCUCUUGCCAGCAUCGAUUCUUGUACGACUGUAAAAACGCAGGGAUUAGGGAGCGCUUGAACACUUGAAAGUUUGUGCAAAAGAUUUAGUAUCUGGCGUGUCAGUGGAGACAAUCUUGGAACACCUAUUAGGUCUUUUGUUCCUGUUGUUCUGUGGUGUUAUGCUAAUUGAAUGUAAUUAAAGCGAACCGUAGGCCUUUUUCUGGAGCUGCAUCUGUAAACAGACUUCAAAGAUGUGAAUUAAUUACACUGAUGCUCGCUUAAACCAAAUCUCAGAUUACACUGCAGCUUUUUCUUUAAUUCAAGAGUGUUGCUGUCUUUGAUGAAUGUUGUUUUUUUUUUUGACUUAUUAAAGUUGUUUCGGGUUUGAAAUUGUCCAGAACAUCCUUAAAAUUAAUGUCAAACUUGAUGCGCAGAAAAGUUUUGCAUGCUCACCGGUUCACAUUGCUGCUUCUUACACACACGCACCCAUUGUGCUGACCUGCCUAUAGAAAUCCACUGGGGCUCCCCUCUCUUCUCCACUUCUCUCCUCUCUCACUUACUCCUCUGUUCAUCUCAUUCUUUCCUUCCUCCUUCCACCGAGGGAAGAGAGGAUUUGUCACUCACUGGUUUUCGCCGCAGAGUGAUGGAUGACUCUUUGACAGGGAUUAUCCUUCAACUUUGACCCUCCGAUGAAACAUGGGGACAAAAGACGAGGGCUGCCCCGAGCGUGGAGUUGGAGAACGGCUGAUGAUCGUGCCUGAAGUUUCCCUGGAGGUGUGGAGGGACGUGAAACUUCUCCACUCUUACAGUUUGCUCCCUCCCUCUCUUUUCGUCUUUCUUUUUCUUCACCGGGCUGCUUUACGAGGCUCCAGUGAGCGUUUUUGAGAUCCAGGACACCUUCCUUUUUUUUUCUCCUCUGCCUUUCUUCGUGCACGGGAGUUUGUUUGUUCAAACUAGAUGGGGACUCACCGAGAUAGAAGAGAAGCAUUUGUGUUGCUUAACUGAGCUCAGACACCUCGUCACAGCCCCCCCAAAAGCCAUGGGAAGGGAUAGGAGCCUUUCCAGACACUUUCGGUAGGGAACUUUUCCUUUCAUCAUCUCAGCGCUGCGCUCUGUGCGUUGCGUUGUUUGUGUCGACUGAUGCUGCUGAGACGUUGUUGUGCAUCUGCCAUUAGUUUGUUUGUUCUCAAAGUUUGUUCUGAUGUUUUCCACAUUUUUUGUCAGCAUGCAAAAUACAAAAAUCUCUCCUGUCUGUAUUUGAGUGUUUGGGAGCGUGAUGAGAAAACCGAUUUUUGAAACAUCUCUCCUGCUGAUGCUUCUGUCUUGUUAAUUUCAGGCUUCCUAACCAUUUUCCCCACUUUGUGAUUGAACCUUAAGUGUUUUCAGCGUCCCUCCCUUUUUUGCGUGUUGGUUGUUGUCCCGCUUGUCAAACAGUCCGAUCAGAAGUGGGUCUGAUAAUGAGUUUCCCAGCUGAUUGCAAUUGUCAUUCAUCCCUCUGUGAGCUGCGUCCCUGAUCCAUUCCUCCGUUAGACCUAAUUAUAGGCUCCUUUCGCCCUCAUUGUAAUUGAGGGCAUCCCGAGGCCUACAUCCAACUUCAGUUGAGGAAAGCUGUGAAGUUUUCUAACACUUGCUCUGGCCAGGUGACAAGAUUCGACCAGAGGAAGAAGACCUCAGCCGGAAGUCCAUGCAAGCUGAAGGUGUUGUUAUGAGUGUCAUGAAUGCUCAAUAAAUGUCACCAUUCUGGAGAGUUAGAGGAACCACGGGGAUGUAUGAGUACUGCAUGGGAAAGUUCUGUGGCCUACAUAGCCUGUGAGUGAGACUAAACUGCUUCAUUCUCAGCAGCUUCAUGACCCUGGCCUAGAAAGAGCUCCACUUCUCCACUCUCUCUCUCUCUCUCUCUCUCUCUCUCUCUCUCUCUCUCUCUCUCUCUCUCUCUCUCUCUCUCUCUCUCUCUCUCUCUCUCUCUCUCUCUCUCUCUCUCUCUCUCUCUCUCUCUCUCUCUCUCUCUCUCUCUCUCUCUCUCUCUCUCUCUCUCUCUCUCUCUUAUUUCAGAUUUGUUUUACUUGUAUCCACAUUUGCUUUUCCUUACUCCAUAUCAUCACUUCUGACAACUCGCCAGCCUGUUGGGCGAUAUUGCCUCAAAACAGUUGGAUAUAUUGAUCAGUUCAUCUCGAUAACAUUAAUGGACGAUAACUACUUUUGAACUGUCCUCCAUCUCCUCAUCUGUCUUUCCCUCUUUGUUACGGACUGGAUGGGGUGGAGUCAUGUCUCUGACGUAGGACAGCGUCUUAAAGGGACAUGAGACCAUAGCCGACCUACACACAUCCAAAACCAACUUUUAUUUAUUGAUUUGUAUGACACAGAUAUGGGAAAAAUGACGUCGGUUAUUGUCACAAAUUUUGGUAUCGGUAAAUUUUCGGUUUAUCUCCCAGCCUUACUGUCGGUGCAUCUUCAUUAACUUCAUUUUUCUUCCUCUGUCACUCCUCUACCUCUCUAUCCUGGAUGGAUUCCUUACUUCCUCACACUGUUGACAUUUUAAAUCUCUAAAUGUUGUUGUCGUAAAUCCACUUUCUGUGAAAAACCAAGUCUCUAGAUAGCCGAGCUUCAAAGAUGAGCAUGUUGCCGCCUCUGGGGGAAGUGUUUGAUUUUUGUUGCAUGAAUACAUCCUGCACUUACUCACAGUCACCUACAUAAACUGUUUGCUUUCAGCCUCAUUAAUAUGGAUGCCUUCAUUCAAGCAGAUGCGGAGGUUCUUACAAAAGUCCUUAUCUUUCAAAUGAUGCCAAAACUCGGUGACCAGGGUUACAUGCACUCGCACAGUUUUAUGCUCAGAUGCUCAUUCGUCUUUCUCCACCAGACGCAUAAAUAUAUUCAUAAACAGCUGGACCAAAGUGACACAGUUUUGAGAAUCUCUGCAGCUUGAGGAAAAGGAAGAAACCCAGAGUUUAAGUUUAUGAAACACUGACUCUUUGACUUUAAUUUCCCUCCUUUCUUUACACAUGAAUUAUCUUCUGUUUAGUGUUUUUGUUUUACAGUAAUACAAGGACAUGCGCGCGUCGUAUUUUCACCAUACAGGACGAAGAAUCAAGUUAAGAUUUGUUCAUCACUGUCUUUAUUAUGGUAUUGAAGAAACAAAAGGGGACCCAGUGUUGAUCCCUGUGGAAUGCCAUUUAACAAACUAAUGCUGAUCUAUGCAGCUGCCCAGUUCUUUCAAACUGAGGUCAAAUGCAUCCAAAUUGCAGCAUGUGGUAAUUUCUGGAGAGGGGCUUGAGUUUCCAACUUCCAAUUUAGAGACGACUUAUUUUACCUCUGAGCCAGAGCCGCCCGAAUGCAUCAAGUAUUUAGAAAGAAACGUCAGUGAAAUGCUUUGUGCAGCAAAAACAGUGUUACCAGAAAAUGAGAACACUUAGGAAUAGAGAGAGAGCAGAGUUUCAUAUGUGAAGCUGUUGAAUUGUUGUUAUAUACUGUGCGGGAAACCCUGUCAAUUUUCUGUUUCUCCCGAAAGAAAAGAUCACGUUGCACAGAUCUCUUCAGAGUCUAAUUAGUGCAGUUUUUCUCUGCAGAGAGUGCAGAAAGUAGGUCUUGAGUUAAGGCUGCGGUUAUACCUUAUUAAAUUUGUCCAUGCUGAACUUCUGUAAAUCUGUUUUUAAUCACAUCUUUAAUGGUGUUUCUGACUGCGUUAUUGGAUUUUUAGGGGAUUUAGCCUUUUGUUGUUGUUGCUGCAGAGUUCGUAUACUAAAACACACACAAACACACACAAACACACACACACACACACACACUGUGAGUCAGCAGUUAACUCAGGGUUCCCGUAAUGUGACUAUGAUGUGUGUAAAUGACUCCACUGGAUGGCAAGCUGCUGCAGACUGAAGACAAAACUCUGCUGCUGUAAACGCCGUCCAAGCAUGUUUGGCUUCAGCUGGACAACAUUUACCGACCUAUGGAAUGCAAGGAAGAGUUCAAAGGUCAUGUGAGGGUCCAAAGUUCAAGUCGUAUGUUGAAUAACAAACUAGUUUAAUAACCAGACCAACUUUACAGGAGCUCAAAAUGUGUCUUCAUGAAUAUUUCCAUGACAUGUUUCUUUUUUUGGAGUGACUGUUUGCUUGCAAAAGUUUGCAAACUAUUGAGUCAGAAUGUUGUUAAAAUGAAAAAAUAAGAGUGUUCACUUCUCCAGACUGAGAAAUAUUAGAGGCAGCUCGGCUCAUGCAUCACUCCUAAUUCAAACCCAAUAGUCAGUCUUGGUUUUUGCGAAACUACCUAGCAAAGAAUCAUCUAAGCGUCGCUCCCUAACAACGCUCCCAAAUGUGCCUGCAAAGAGAGUGCGACACCUUUGAAAUAAAAACCACACAGCCGAGCCUUAUCCUCAACAGUCGCGUUUGAGUAAGGAGUUGUGCUGUGCAUCUGGAUGUACGCUGGAGCUGCUGCUUUUGCACUCGGAGAAAAAACAAAAGCGCUCUUUUCUCCUCUGCACAGUGGAAGCACCCUGGAGAUUCAUGUCGCAGACAGAGAUUGAGGGAGGCUUGCAUUGAGGAUGGUGGCAGCUACGUUUUGAAGGUGGGAAGGGAAGAUAAGCAAGAGAGAAAAGGGACAAAUGAGCCGGUGUGUGCACGGGUGCGAGAUGGGAGUUUGCCCGUUUAUGUGUGUGUGCAGAAUCACAGAUUAAAGGAGGGGAAACAGGGAGUGGUGUCCUAUAUAUUAAAAGAGAAAACACUUCUCAAAACAUAGUUAACGGCAGUGUGUCAUCCAUUACUGGGUCAGCUGUUGUUAUGUAAUGUAAUUUUCUUGUUCUUGCAGAUAAUUGGGCAAAUAUGGCAGACAGCGCAGAUACAAGGAUGCUAAAUGGGAGUAGAUGUCUCAAGUGUUCAAGAAUAUCAAAGUAAGAUGUCAGAUUUGAGUGCAAACAAAGAUGCAGCUUUCCCUUUCACUCCAAGAAUGCGUCUCAAGACUUUAAUGCAAAAUUUAAACAACAUGUCGUCUCCCUUUAGUCUUCGUAUACAGCAGCUUGCACAGAACGGGGUGCGCAUUGUUCGGAAAACCACCCCUGCAUGUUAGAAAUUGAUUUCUAAAAACUUGUGUUUCUCUUGUAGGCAGAAAAAGACAUUAGCAGUUGAUGAUGGGAGGGGAAAACAACACGAGUAAGGGGGAGUGGAGCUCUUUCUCCCAGAGGUGGCUCCUUCUCCUUUUUCACAUAUUAGCUGUGAGCUGUCACUGAUGCUGAACACUCUUACCUGCAGCUGUGAAUGUGAUAGGACCACACAGACGCAGCUUCUCUCUAACACACACACACAUGCACACACCAACUCAUGGAUCCACCUGUCUCAGCCCUCCCAUGAGAUGAUAUGGACUGCACUAUUUUUGAGCCAAUUAAGUGGAACCAGGAGCUGGGACCAAAUCCAGAACAAGAAUCCCUCUGUUUUCUUUUUUUGUAUACUCUGGACUAUGCAAGCUUUGAGGGAUUAGGAUAUGGAGAGUUUAGGAUUUGGUCUGGAUUCUGGGUGAAAUGCCUCUCAUGUGAUCUUCUUGUUUGUUUUAGUCAAGCUUUCAUGUGUUGCUCUGAUGUAAAGAAGCAGACUUAGUCCUGGUUUUCCUCCCCUCCUGAGCUCCAUCUUCUCUGAGGUUGUCUCUGAUCCCACAAUGUUUGUCAGGAUCUUCAUCCCCAAGAAGCACCGGGAGCGUUUUGACGAGGUGGUCUCCCAGAGCCUGAUGAGCAGGAUCAAAGGGCGGAGCUUCAGCGACCCCAGCCGCAGCCACCUCCGCCGCAGCAGGAGCGAGGACCACCCUGAGCGCCUCCUGGUCUCCACCCGAGCCAGUUCAGUGCCACGCACCCACGCGGAGGAGGGUGGGGCCCCUCCUGCACGCGGCAUGCGCAAGACCACCUCGCUCAUAGCUGGGCACUCCAGCGGCAACACCACCAACUGCAGGUCUGUACCGACACUUCAACAGUACAAAUAACUCUUAUUCCAGUUUGCAUGUUUGUAAGUUUUUAAAACAAACUCCUCCCUUAAAUAAUAUCUCCUCUCUUCUUGUGUCUGAACAAAUUACAGGAACUCCCUCAGCAGGUAAUCCUGUGUAAGCGUGGUGUUAAUGUGAAUUCAGAUGAGCAUGCGCUGAAUAAAAAAUAGACCCUCUGGUUCAAAAGUGUAAACUUCUCUAGACACUUCCUCCACAUGCCGUCGUGUUGACAUCCGCCACAUCUCGAGGAAUUAACGACAGUCUCUGUGUUAAAAUGACUAAAACACACACGAUCAUUUACAUCCCUCUGAGUUGUUGUGAUAAUCUGCCUUGAGAGACCGCCGGUUUCCUCUGUGGCUCUGCCUUGUGAGGAUGUUAUAUGGCUCCCCUGGGAUGCACUGUCCAUAUUUAAGCAGGGUUGUUAAUGCAGGAUGUGAAUCUAAAGCAGUCGGCCGAAUAUAGAAAUCUGCAGGAAGGCUGCAGUUUGACUUCUGUCAGGAUGAGCAGAGGAACCUUAGAAUAGAUCACCUUUACAACAACAACAACAACAACAGUGUGCAGCAAAUUCAACUAUCAAGCACAGCUCUAAUUGAAAAAGGUUAGAAUGCUGAAUUAUUUAAAGCCUGCACAUUAAUUAGGAAAAAGCUGCAACAGGGUCAUCUGUGCUGUCAUCAGCUGUUUGAAAGUUCAGGGUGUUCUUCGAGGUACUUUAUGCUUCAUUCAUGAUGAGCCACAUUUCUUUAAUUGGUGACAAACUGGGACUGCAGGCAGGCCAGUUCAGCACUCUUCUACUACAGAGCCAUGCUGCUGUAAUACCUGCAGAAUGUGAGAUAAUUAAGCUCUACCCUGAAAAUCACUGUCUGGAUGGCAGCAUAUGUUUUUGUUUUAACCUGUAUUAAUGGAUACAGAGACAAACUGUUCACAGACAGUGGUUUAUGUUAGUGGUUUUAAGCUCAUGCAGUGAUUUCCAAUACAGAGUCAUGUCUAUUUCUGAUGCGGAGCAGCCUUUAUCUAGUAUUGGUUUUGGGCUUUGUCCCUUUUGCAGAGGGAUAUCUCCCAAUUCUCUGAAUCUUUUAAUGAUAUCAUCUAAUGUAGAUGUUGAGCGCCCCAAGUUAUUUGUAAUUCUAUGCUCAGUAUCAUUUUUUGGAAAUUGUUAAACUAUUAGCUCACACAGUUUCUCACUGAAUAAUCCUUUUUUCUAUCUUUACAAGAGAGAGAGGACACUCCAGAGAGACUCAUGCAGAAAUUCAAAAUAUGGCCUGACUUAGUUAAGAUGGAUACUGUAAAGCUUGUAUUUAUCUCUUCAGGACGGUGAGAGUGUGUAAGGGUAACAUGAGCUUUGGCUUCACUCUCAGAGGCCACGCUCCGGUGUGGAUCGACUCUGUCAUCCCUGGUGAGUUAAAAGAAAUACAAGUGUGUUUCCCCUUUUAUGUCAUCUGUUGUCUGAUUCAACCUUUUAACAGAGAAAGAGUUUGUGUUUGUGUCAGUGCGGGUUAUUCUGAAGGAAACGAGUGUGAGAUUUUGUUAAUGUUACACUAGUGUGUAAAUGAUUAAGCUGUUAUAUGAGCUAUUACAGCUUACAUGCCACAUUAUGAUGUUUUUACUUUUAACCAAAGAAAAACAGACCAUGAAACAUCUUUAAUGUCUCCUUCUCUCACAUUUAUUUUCUGUUCUGUAGGAAGUCCUGCAGACAAAGCCGGUCUGAAACCAGGAGACCGGAUCCUGUUCCUCAAUGGACUAGACAUGAGGUUGAGUGUUGACUCAUUAAAUGACGAUUUACAUGAAAAAAGUGUCACUAGUACACUUUAGUAAAUGUAAUAUGAGUGUGUCUAACUUCUGCAGGACUUCCUCCCACGAGAAGGUGGUGUCCAUGCUCCAGGGCAGCGGCGCCAUGCCCACUCUGGUAGUCGAGGACGGUCCACCUUCUUUCACCAUGUCGGAGCAGGACCUCGCAGGAGGCGGCAUUCCCACUGAACGCGCCCGCUCCCCUGCGCUCAGCUCCCUGCAGUGGGUGGCGGAGAUCCUGCCCCCCAGUAUCCGGGUGCAGGGCCGCACCUUUGGUCAGCAGCUGGAGCACCUGCUGACCAUCCAGGAGAGGUACACCAUCUGCAAGGCUCUGGAGAACUUCUUCCAGCACAGGUGAGUAAAGUGACAAGAUGGAAAUGCGCUCUUAGAAUUACAAAGUCUGUUUGCAGCUUUGUCUUUAGUUUAGUUUUUAAGUGAAACAGACACAAGGAAUCCAAGUUCAGAAAUUCUGUCCUUCCUCAGUUCACUGACUACAUAGAAAAAUGGAGCCGCCUGCAGCACCACAGUUCUUGCAGGUUUGCUAAGCUGAAACAUAAAAACACAAAGAACUUCAAAAAACAAUUCCAGGCUGUUUUUAAACUUUAUACUUUAUUCAGAGAGACAAAGAAAAGCCUCUAAAUCCAAGUUUCUCCUUGUACAGUGAAUGUCAUGAGCAGAGGGGGUGUGGUUUAAACAAUUAUUGGUUACUCAUGGUCACAAAUUCAGGCAGAAUAAAUCUAUUCCUACAUUUACGGUAACAAAAAGAGUCACUCCAGAGUUGUGACAGAUUUUGAAAUCAAGAGACUGAUUGGUUGAGCUGAAUUAACAUCUUUUAUUUACCAUAAUGCAACUACUUUUAUAGUUUCAUCAGAUCCUUAAUGACGCUAAAGACGCUUGUAACUCAUUCAGGCUUUUAAAAACAGCUGAUCAAACAGCUGAUCUGUGAGGAACUUCCAUCUGUUGAUUUUUGUGACAGUAGAGUUUUUCUAGGAAUAAGACUGCAUUUCCCAUGAGCACUUCUGCCAUGCACAGGUGGCCCUAGUGCAUGCUGAACUAAUGCAAAUAUAGACACAGUUUGGACAUGACCAAGCAAACUGCCCUGGUUGUGGAGUUUCUUUGUCGAACAAUUACAUCUUUUCACAAAUCAAGCUCAAGUUUCUGGAAUAAUAAUAAAACACAAAGUAUCUUAUUGAAGAAAAAUAGUCCUGCUUACUUACUUCCUUUACCAGCAAAGCCGAAUCCGAUCUUGGUGCUUGAAUCCUCAUUUCCCUCCGAAGGUCAUGAAGAGGCAUCAGUAUAAGAGUGAUUUCAAAAUCAAAUCUACUCACUCUGCCUUUAAUAUCAUGAUUUAAAUGUUCCAAAAAGACAAUCAUACUUGGCUAAAGUUCUCAAAAGUUGUCUUCUGGGUUCAAAGAUUUGAAUCACCAUGACCUGGAUGAGUGCAAAUCCUCACAGACUUGCUGACAUGAUCUGGGUUAUUUUCGUUUGACAGCUCCAAAUGAGACAUUGACAUAGUUCUUGACAUUUCACAGUUUUUACCCCUGGUGAUAAUAAGUUCACUCGCUUUAUGUGCGCAGUCAUUAGUGCAUCUGUCACUUAAACUCUGUUUCCUCUGCAACAGAAACGUGGACACUCUGAUCGUGGAUGUGUUCCCGGUUCUGGACACUCCAGCCAAACAGGUGAUCUGGCAGUUUGUUUACCAGCUGCUGACGUACGAGGAGCAGGAACACUGCCAGAGCAAAAUCUCACGCUUUCUCGGAUUUAAAGCCCCAGGUGCGUGCACACCUUUGAAUGCGUCCGGUGCAUGUUCCCUCUGAGGUGUACCUGUGAGUGAAUGUGAAGAGGUGUGUGUGUGAGAUGAAAACUGUCAUGGGGAUCGCUAGUUCAGGUCAACGUAGGUGUUAGAGCCCUUCAUAUACACCUUUGCAUUGCCGAUGUGUGUGUGUGUGUGUUCCAGUUCCACCACCACCACCUCCUCCUCCCCCUCCUCCAGAGCCUGAGGUGGCCCCCGAGCCCCAUCGGCGUAGCAGCUCCAUGAGGGUGACAGGGACCACGUACAGGAGCAGUGUGAGGGGACGUAGCUCUGAUGAUCUGGUCAUUGGAACACACUUGGGCAUGGGUACAGACUUUCAUGAAAGUCAUUACCAUCAGUAGGAUAAGAAACGCUAAGACCGCCAUGACACUUUUGAUCAUCAUCACCAUCAUCAUUACUGAGCCUGAAGCCUUCAUAUUGUUCUCAGUGUGAUCUCUAAAACAGUUUAACAUGCGGCUCUUUAGCUAAAGUCGCCGGGUUGGUUGCUAAGUUGAUGCCAUUGAUAAUUCUCACAUUGGGGCCAUUUUCCCUUGACAUGCUCACGGUGGAAAACGUAAGUUCUUCCUUAGUUAUCAUUCUGUACGAUAAGUUUAAAGUCCCACUCCGAUCGUUUUUACUACUUAAAGUGUUCUCAGUGGUCUUUAAAUUGUGAUUAUUUUGUUUUUUUAGCCAAAAUCGUGUUACCUGUGUCGAUUUUAAAGACUUUUCUUCAGCAGAGCUCCAGUAGCUCAUUAGCAAUUCGCCUCUGAGUUGUGGACAGAGACAGUGCUGUUCCGCACCCUCCUCUUCGCGCUAGCUUGUAGCCUUACAUUGCCGGUGUAGUAGAAGAAGCAGGUAACAUAGGAGUUUUUCAGCUCUUGGACACUAAUGUCUUAGGGACAUGAUAAAAGUUAAUAUCAUAAUUAGCUUUCUUCAAGCAUUGCAAUCCGCUAAUGCACACGCUUGUUCUGCGACCGUCCUCUCUAUUUCUCCAAGUCUGGCCUUCAUAGCGGGGCUCCGGGGGCGGAGCUUGGAUUUGUGAUGUAUGAACUCUAACUGUAUCUGAACCUGCUGUUUGGGUCUGCCAGAGAUUCACAGCAGUUUGGAUGCAGAAAUACUCAUAAACGCAAUUUCGCUCUUAUUUUUCUCAUGAUAUGUCCUGUAGCAUCAGAAAAAUGCCACAUGAACAUGAAAGAACAAGAAGAAAAACGUGAUUUUCAUCGGAGUGGGUCUUUAAAAUCACAUUGGAACGUCUGAAAAUUACAUUUUGUCAGAUGAUGGAAAAAACAUUGUAGUAAACACACCACAUCCAUGUGUGAACUCAUUUCCUAAAGCCUGAACUCUUCCAGCUUCACUGUAUCCUUGACCACACUUCACCCAGACAAAGAUCCAAGAACCAAGCCCAUCAUGGUGACCACACAUGGGCCAGAGCCUUCCCUUUGGAACACACAGCUUGUCAUGUCUCAGUCGUACUAACAAGUAUAUCAUCAUAGGCCUCCGUUCAGAGCCAGUGCUGGAGGUAGGGAUGAGGUUGGCUCCAGGAGAGAGGCAGUCAGGCGAUGGUACCUCUCUUCCAGAGACUCCUAACAACCUCACCAAUGUAGGUACCAAAGCCCGUCCUCGUAGAACACAAUGCAGUGAUGAAGGUGUGAAAUCUUACUCUGGUUUCCCUCUGUGUUUCCUUCAUACAAGCUCUCAGCAGUGUACGCUGAACUGGAAAACAUGUAUUCAACCAAGAGGUCCAAGUCCCUGAAGAGCCGCCCUCCUCCUGCCCCGGAGAGUUUGUUAGAUCUGGAGCCCCCGUCGCACACGUCCUCCCCUACGAUGCAUGCGAACACAGGUAGCUGGUAGUUUAUAUCUAUUCUUAUCAUCUAGAAAUACAGUUAAGACACACAGCAUAUAAAAAAACUACCUGACUCAUCUGCUGUUUGCUUGUAAGUGUGUGUAUGUGUGUGUAUUAGUGUGUGUGUGUGUAAUGAUGUAAGAGAGGGAGGAUAACAACAUGUUCAGAAAGUACUGCAGUGCAAAAAUGAUAAAUCCCAAGGUAGCAGACCCAUUUCUGCCUCGACUGAAUAUCCUUGAGAUUUGCAUUAACUGGAUUUUUUCCUCAUUUAUGCUAUACUUAAAUAUACAGCACAGCUAAGUCUCAGAAUAAACCCACGGCUGUAUAUCUUUUUUUUCUGGAUCUUACUUUAAGUUGAACUUUGCAGCAUAUCAUCAAAUUAAGACGUCCAUUUAAGAUCUACUGACCUCUUGAUACGAAACUUCUCAUUCAUUCUUUAAAAGCUGAUUUAAUUGCAGGAUGGCUUCUCCGUCAUCAAAAAAGACUUAUUUUCUCUCCAAUUAGGGAUGCAGCUUGCACAGAUAAGAGUUAAGUCUGUGUGCUGAAUCCUCCUCAAAGUAAAUACCAAACUUAGGGCAUGCAGACUGAAACCCUGAACCUCUCCGGGAGGAUCUGGCGAUGGUGGAAUUAAAAAAGACGCUGUUAAAAAUGUGUUUUCUGCAGAGGGAUGCUUUGAUCAUAUUCUGAUAAAUUCCACUUCCGCAUACAUGAUAUUUUAGAUUUAAUUGGUGAAAUCUGGUGCAACAUUGGCACUCUCAUCUGAGACUAAAUGUUGAUUGUGUUUGUUUUGGAGCCAGAAGAGCACACACAUGCAGUUUUAGGUCACCAAGAAUGAUGCCGCAUACAUACAUCUAUAAGUAUCUAACUCCAUACUGUACAUCUCAGGUAGCCGUAAAGGCGCCCCACUGCCCACAUCCUGGCCGGAACCUCUCCCGAGUCCCCCUGCGACCCAGUUCUAUUCUUCAGGCCUGACCAGCCAGACCAGUGGGGAUUCCAACCCUUACAUCAGCCUGGACAGUCCCCCUCCAUCGCCAGAGCCCCCCGACUACCCUUCAAGCCCCCCCACGCAUCGUAGCAGCAAGCGGCGCUACACCUUCUCCAAACCGCCACGCUCGGAGGACACAGAUCGGUUCCUGGAUGCGCUGAGUGAGCAGCUGGGACAGAGAGUGGCCAUCGUUGACGACUUCCUGACCCCUGAGAAUGACUACGAGGAGGUAGAAUCACAGCUGAGCUAAACCAGGAAGAUGCAUAAAAUAGCGUUGAAGCCCUGUUGAUAAAAGAAAGAUUAUCAAUCACCUGUUUCUGGUUUCCAUUCAGUUAAUAAAUGUGCAAAAUUGGAUGUUAAUAGUUCUCAAAUUAUGUAACACUAUAAAUCAUUAAAGUUUUCCUCGAGCAUGCCUCAUCCUGAUUACAUAACGAUUCCGUAACAGCCGGAUAUCUGAUCUGAAUUGAAAAUGAAGCAUCCCCUCUUUAUUGGUUUCUUGGUUGAUUACAGGUCUAUAUUAAAUUAUACAGGUGUAUAUGAAUUAAACACCAUAGGAGAAAUGCUGUGAUAUGGAAGCGGAGAAACAACAUUGCAUUGUAGAGAGGAAUCACUGCUGUGUUUUAUUCUGUGCAAUGACAAUUAAGAAAGUCUAAGUCUAAGUUAUGUAUACGUCACAAUCCCAGGAUUUGAUAUUUUAACAUUUUUGUAGCUUUUACGAAGAAAUAAAGUCUAGAAAUCAAGUGGAACCAGCCCACACAAUAAUAACUACAAUUUGAUUAAAUCACCCAGAUUUACAAGUAGAGCAAAAUAAUUUUAAGUCUCGUUUUGACAUUAUAGCUAAUAAAGUGUACUUGGUGUUGAUGCCAGGAUAUUGUGCAGAUGGGUUUCCCGGAUGAGGAGGACGAGGAUAAUGAGGAAGACUUGGGGGUCGACGAAGAGGAGAAUGGAGGUUUUGUGGCUCCAGAGCUCAGCAGCCCCAGUGAUGUUCAAAGCAGCAGCGGCGAAGAGAAUGCCUCCUCCCUCACCUACUCUUCCUCCUCUGACCAUAUCCCUCCACCACCAAUGACCCCUCCACCGCCUCCGCCCGUACAGUUCAAUGACCCGCCUCCUCCUCCUCCUCCUCCUCCACCGGCACCUGCACAGCCUCAGCAGCAACAACAGCAGCAGCAGCAGCAAAACCUCAACUUCACCCCGGAACAUUCCCCGAGAGCUUAUGUUCCCAUUCGCCGCAAAUCUGGUCCUCCUCCCCCACCUCCUCCUCGCAGCAAUCCACCACCUAAACGCCACUCCUUACACAAGGUAUUGCCUACCAGAGAAGACCUUCAAGUCCAUGCUACCAUACAAGAGCUGAAAGCCUACCAAGAACAACAGGCUUACCAGGAUAGACAAGCAUAUGAGGAGCAACAAGCAUAUAAGGAGAGGCAGGCGUAUGAAGAGCAGAAAGCCUUUGAGGAACAACAACUGUUCCAAGAGCAGCAGACUUUCCAGGAACAACAGGCCUAUCAGGAGAAGAUUUUCAAAGAAAGACAGGCCUAUGAGGAGCAGAAGGCCUACGAAGAGCAGAAAGCUUUCGAAGAGCAACAACUGUACCAGGAGCAACAAGCUUUUCAAGAAAGACAAGCGUACGAACAGCGCCAAGCCUACCAAGAACAAAAGGCGUAUGAGCAGCGCCAAGCUUACAAGGAGCAAAAAGCAUUUGAGGAGCUUCAGGCCUAUCAGGAGCAAAAAGCUUACGAGGAGCGUAAAGCGUACGAGGAGCGCCAAGCCUACGAGGAGCAGCAGGCUUACCAAGAGCAGCAAAUGCAACAGAUGUACCAGAGUCACCACUCGAUGCCUACACAGCCAACGCAGCAGAAAGCUCACUCACCAUUGCCGCUACAACAACUCCACCAAUCCUUACCCCCCUUACCAUCCCCAGACUCCAACCACCAACACCCUGGCCAUCCUCUGUUGAUGAUGCGCCAAGCACAGCAUCAACAAUCCCACCAGAGCCAUCACCAUCGACGCCAGUCCCGUUCUGCCCCAUCCCCGCACCAACCAUCGCCGCAACCGACAUCUCAUCCCAACCAACAAGUUCAAUAUGCUGAAGGCAUCUACCAAAGCCAUCAGGGGAUGAGAUCCCAGCCCCACCACUCUUCUGCGGAGGUGCUCCACCAGAUGCACCAAGCCCCAGUCCACCAUUCCUCUGCUGAGAUGCUGCAUCAGUUGCAACAAUCCCAGGGCCUCCACUCAUCUGCUGAGUUGCUCCAGCAGAUGCAACAGGUACAUUCCCAUUACUCAUCAACAGAAAUGCUCAACCAGUUGCACAAAGCAAAGGCCCAUCAUUCUUCAACAGAGCUUCUGCAGCAAGCUCACCAGAUGCAGCAAAUGCAGCCCCACCACUCCUCAACUGAACUCCUCCAUCAGGCCCACCAGAUGCAUCGAGGACAACCGCACCAUUCCUCCACUGAGCUGCUCCAUCAAAUGCAUAAACCUCAGGCCCACUAUGCCUCCACCGAGUUGCUCCAUCAAGCCCAUCAGAUACACCAACCUAAGCCCCAUCACUCCUCCACGGAGCUCCUGCAUCAAGUCCAACAAGAGCCGGCCUCCCUCCCAGGUCAGCUUACCCGGGACGGCCACUCCCAUCAGAGUCGGAGAAGUCUGAAAAGCCAACAUCAGUCCCAGCAAGGAAGACACCAAGAGCAGCAGAUCCACCAAACCCAUCACCCCCAGCCCACAAAGCCCUCUCCUCAAAGACCGCACUCCAUCCAGCAGACGCACCACCAUUCCAGCACCCCUCAGAUCCACCAUAUCCACCACAUGACCCCGCAACCUCCUCCGCAGGACUACCAACACCAGAUUCACGUCAUCCACCCUCCUCAGCAGCCCCACAGACCUCAGCCCCUUCUCUCCACCUUUCAACCCCUCCAGCCACACCAGCCUACCCUCUCCACUUUCCAGCCUCUCCCCCAGCACCACCAAUCCCAACAUCAGGUCCAGUCCUCCACCCAAACCACCCGUCCACAGUCUCAGCCCUCACACCACAUGCUGCAGUCAGUGCACCAACCGCCAGCUCAGCCCCACCAGAAGCAAUCUCACAGCCAACCGCAGUCCCUGCCCCACUCUUUAUCCGACCCAACAGAGCACAUGGAGCCACCACCACCUCCACCCCUGCCCCCGCCCUGCUCCCCUCCACCACUACCCAGGCCGUCGCUCUCCAGGAUGGACUCCAACCACAUGAGUGUGAAGAGGCUGCGCUGGGAGCAGGUGGAGAACUCAGAGGGGACCAUCUGGGGACAGGUGAGCUGAAAUAUUCUCGGUUUGAAUCUCUAGAUUAAAAAUAAACAUUCAGAAAAUUUUAUCAGUCAAGUGCUUUUUUUCUGCUUUUGGUAGCUGGGUGCAAAUUCUGACUACGACAAACUGCACGACAUGGUGAAGUAUCUGGAUCUGGAGCUGCACUUUGGGACACAGAAGAGCUCCAGUGAGUAGAAGUAGUCAUCUCUAAUCAUCAUAUCAUUAAGUUUAAACAGAAAGUUUGAACAGAAAGCUCAGUGACUCUAAAGUAAAAGCUGUUGACGCUUUCUCUCGCCAAUUCUCCUCUACUUCUUUAUCCUGCCAGAGAUCACGUUUGUCUGCAUCUAUGUCAAUCAGUCAUCUUUUAAAAACCAAACAGUUAAUGCUGAAAUUCUUAAGAAAACGAGCUGCUAGACAUAAACUAACAUUACAGGAACGAAAAUUUUUGCUGUUUCCUGAACUUUGACCAAUGUUUAUGAUGUAAUACUUCAGCUGGCCAGUAGGGGAGCUCUAAAUCUUUUGGCUUCACAGUCAGUGAACACCUAUGGCGUCUUUUUUAAUAUACAGUCCAUUUCUUAUUCACUAAUGCCGGUACAAUAUUUUGAUUUCACAUUUUUAACACUUUCCCCAUUUGAAGUGCCAUUGCUGGAACCGCCUCCGCCAGAAACCUUCAAGAAGAAGGAUGUGAUUGAAAUUCUGUCCCGUAAGAAAGCUUAUAAUGCCUGUAAGUAUGAAAUUACUGUGGAUAUAUUUUAUGUAUUUUUAGUUUUCUCCUAUUUAAAAAAUCUAAUCAAAAAUCAGCUAAUUGAUAUGAAAGAUACUUUAAUAUGUGACCUUUAAUAUCCGAGCUUCAAUUCGUGGUCACAUUUUCUAUCCUUUCCUAAGCCAUCCUGAUUGCCCACCUGAAGCUGUCUCCUGGGGAGCUCCGCCAGGUCCUGAUGAACAUGACAACUGACAGGCUGGAGCCGUCCCACAUCAAACAGCUGCUGCUGUACGCCCCAGACGCAGAGGAGGUCAAAAAGUAUGAAGAGUACAGACAGGACCCGAGCAAACUUAGCGAGCCCGACCAGUUUGUGUUGCAGGUACGGGGUAAAAAGUAACAUCCACGGACCACCUGACAAAUCUGUGUUUGUGGUUAUAAAUGCAUGUUUUUUAUGGGGGUUUUUUGUGUUUUCUUCAUCAGAUGUUGUCAGUACCGGAGUACAAGACCCGCCUGCAGAGCCUCCUCUUCAAAUGCUCUCUGCAGGAGAAGACGGAGGAGCUGAGAGGAGCGUAUGAUUGUCUGUACAAGGCCUCAGUGGAGCUGAAGAUGAGCAAGAAGCUGGCUAAAAUACUGGAGGUAGUUUCCUGUUCAGUAUCAGUUUAUCAUUAAUUAUUGUUUGAAAUUAAAUGAUCAAACAAUUGAAAUGCUGCUUUAUGUCUCCCUGUAGUUUGUGUUAGCGAUGGGGAAUUACCUGAACAACAGUCAGCCGAAAACCAACAAGACUACUGGCUUCAAGAUCAACUUCCUGACAGAGGUACCUCACACAGAAAUCGAUGUUUGUUACUUGGAGAAAUAUUUGUACUAUCAUGUCUUCAUUGUGUCAUUUGCAGUUGAGCACGACUAAAACAGUGGACGGGAAAUCAACCUUCCUGCACAUUUUGGUCAAGUCGCUGUGUCAGCACUUUCCUGAAGUGUUGGACUUCUCCAAAGAUUUGACUAUGGUUCCUCCUGCCGCCAAAGGUCAAAACAGGCUUACAUCUCAAAGUGUUUACGUUUCCUGUUCAUGUUUUUGGUUUAUUACUGAUUUUAAGUAUCCGCUUCUCCUUCCACUCCCGCUUAAAAACACAAAUACAGUUAACCAGAGGACCAUCACUUCAGAUCUGAACGACCUCCAAACCACCAUCCAGGAAAUCCGCUCAGCCUGUCAGAAGAUGCCUGCGACCUCCGAGGACCGUUUUGCAAUCGUCAUGAGUGUAUCCUUCACAAAAAAAUCAUAAUUAUCCUGGUCUUUUAUACAUUUAAGAGUAAAUUCUCUUGACUCCUGUAUACGCAGAACUUCCUGGAAAACAGUCACCCAGCCCUUCAGUCUCUGGAGUCUCUGCAGCAGAGAGCGAUGGAAGAAUUCAGCAAAACAGCCUCUUUCUUUGGAGAAGACGGCAAAUCCACCAACACUGAGGCUUUCUUUGGGAUCUUUGCAGAGUUUAUGGGCAAGUUUGAGGUGAGCCGGAGGGAUUCGGUUUGACUCUUCUGAGAGCUAAAACUCUUUUCAUCAAAAACACACGCCUGGUCUGAUGCUUACUUCACUACUUUCUAGAUUUUCAACUUUUCCUUCAAUUUGCAUUAAAACAAAGGGGCCUCGAAGUAUUUCAAGUAAUGAGCACUGACUGAGUUUCAUUAAAGAGGAUCUGAUUGGUCGACUCAAUUUUUUCCACGUCAAUUUGCAGUCUAGGGUUAAAUUCAUCAGGAGGAAUGUACCAAGUGCUAAUAGGGGUGUUUUCAGAGCACCCCUGUUUCACACCUAACAGCCUGUCUCAGAACACCCCCCUUGUUUUCACCAUUUUGGAUUUGCCCAACCCACUGGAGACCGGCUGGACAUUUGAUUGUCCUCCACGUUAAUCAAAAUGCUGUGGUUUGCUGAAUAUAAUAUUUGUAUUUAAUUGCUUUCUUGUGUUGAUAUCAGUGUAUUUUCACCCCGCUGAGCCGCGUCGUCCCCCACCGCAGAAGGGUUUGCUGUCAGAGUCGGAAAAAUCGACCCCCGAUUAGUCAAUUUUUGGUCGAAAAUUUCAGUGUUUUAGUCGAUCAAGAAUUUCUUUGGUUGAUUACAGCCCUAGAUGAGAGACAUUCUACUGAACCCAGAUGCCGUUAUUGAGCUGCAUAAGAUCUGUACAAGCUACAAUUCAGAUUUAUGCACUUUAAAUAUCAGGGUUGUUUCUGUCGCAGCCUUAUCGGUUCAGUCAGGACUGUUUCACUCAAAGAGAGUCGCUUAUUUUAUGCAGUAAGUUAAAUUUGUCCUGGCCCUUUCACAGUUGUACGCUGGAUGCCAAAGCUUGAGGCGGGCCGACAAAAUAGGCUAGGAGUUAAGUUUGACUUCACGACCUGUCUGAACUAGCACUACGCUCAUUGCAUCUGAAUGUCACUCUCUUAAAACUGAUUAUUUUCACCUUUUCAGAUUAUAUUCACCAUUUUAAGAUCAUAUUCAUCCACAUUAGUGAUGACCCUCCUUAUGUCUCUUCCUCAGAGAGUUCUCAGUGAUCUGCAGGCUGCAGAAAACCCAAAGAGCCCAAGAAGUCCUCGAAUGACCUCCCCGCUGGCCUGGUAA